CCAGAAACAGGCAGGCCUUGGCCCUCCCUCCCCCGAGUCCAUGCUGGCAGCUAAGCCCUUUCCGUGGUGAGGAGGCUCAGAAUCCGGGGGGAGGCUCGGCGCGGUCCCGGGGGGCCUCCGGCCAGCAGCCAGGGUGCCCGAGAGGACUCCGCCAUCGAUGCCCCGUGUGACCUCAGGUCAGCCACUUACCUGGAGUCUAAGAGACUUUACCUGCAGGUAAGAAAAUGACACGGCCAGCCCGAGGAUCCUGUCUCAGGCUGGGCUUGAACCCAGACCUCUGCCUUGAUGUCCCCAUCACCGUCAGGACCACGCGGGGCAGAGGGCGGGCCAGAACCAGCUCCGGCCCCUCUCAGCCGGGCCCUGGGCUGCGGCAGGGGAACCACCCCCCGGGGGAGGGGGAAGGAGCCAGCGGGCCAGGGCGCCACCGGGCGCCUGCUCCCUGGCCCAGCCUUCCCUGUCUCUCCCUGGCUCUUCUCCAGGUGGCAAGGAUGGAGUGCUGUCACAUGCUGGCUCACGUGACGGGCUGGCAGCCUGAGAGUUGUGGGUCUCUCCGAGAAGACCAGGAGAGUCGCCCGCCUCCCCCUGCGCCCAAGGAGGGCCAGUCACCUCCAGCCCUCCCUGGGGACCCUUCCUGGGGGCAGGAAUGGGGACCUUCCAGGAGAUGGAGGAACAGGCCAGCCCCAGGCUCCCGUCCAGAAGCGCCAGCCUCUGCCCAUGAGCUGCCAGGGAGCGAGCGCCGGAGCCCGAGCGACAGCUCCCCCCUUUCCAGCUCCCAGCUGCACAAGCAGCUCUGCUCGGAGCGAGCCCGGGAGGCCGCGGGCAGGGGUCUCCCCCAUCUGACAAAAGAGGAAACUGAGGCACAGAAAAGAAAGAAUCCCCUGCUGGCUGCUGACUGUCACUGCACCCGGUGUCUACACUGCUCACUGGUCUCAGAAUCCACUUGCUGUCACUGCACUCAGUGUCUACACUGCUCACUGGUCUCAGAACCCCCUGCUGACUGUCACUGUACCCGGUGUCUACACUGCUCACUGGUCUCAGAACCCCCUGCUGACUGUCACUGUACCCGGUGUCUACACUGCUCACUGGUCUCAGAGCCCACCUGCUGA